CAUUGUGACCCGGUCACUCUCAGGACCCUCUGGGUCAGGCUGGCAGGCCAGUGGGCACUAGGGGUAGUGGUCUGGGGGCCUAAGGGCCCUGGUGGCCCUAGGGACCGCCAUGGCCAUGGCUGAGCGGUCACGGCCUGGGUGGGCCUCGUAUCAAAGCCCCAGCACCAACAACUGCCAGGACACGGGGAACUCCAUUCUCUUGCUAUUGGGCCUGGUCAUCUGUAUUAACAUUGGCAUCAAUUUGGUGACCCUGCUCUGGAGCAGACUCCGCAUCAUCUUACACCGAGUGUUCCAUAUCAUUUAUGAGAAAGAAACCACUAAAGUACCCUCCUCACCUGGGAAGCAGACUCAGCCGUCAAGGAAGCAGACCUACCCCGAAGUCCAUCUUCGAUGUUCCAUGGAGCCUGUGAAAAUGACCGUGACCCCCCCACCCACCCGCCAUCACCAUAGGGCCUCUCCAUCCCGGCGCGCCCACCGCCCGGCAGCUUGGGCCCCAGACACUAAUGUUGAGGAGCACUUCGCCAUCUGCUCCCACCACUGGGAUGCUCCUAAGGAGUGGGAAGGCUUCCAGCCCGUGCAGGAGAUCUGGGAGCCUUGGACUCAGGGUGCUCUUGAGCAGCCUACCCAGACCCUCCGCUUCCAGCCAAGAAGAGAGGGCAGACCUCUCAAAACAGAGAUCCGGUCUGAGCAGGACCUAGAGGCCUAUGUGUAUACUGUGAACCCCCCUCCUCCCAGUCCGGAGUCUUUGAGCCAUAAGAACAACGGGGUGGGGGCAGGGGGAGGCACCGAGGGCGAGCAAGCACAGUGCCGGCCUGCCACGCCACCCUUUCGGGGUCCGGCCACUGUCCCUGAAAUACCGCAGCGUGGCUCCUCGGGCAGAAUCGUGUACGAUGCCCGAGAUGUGAGACGACGGCUGCGAGAGCUGACACGGGAGGUGGAGGCUUUGUCUCACUGUUACCCCUUGGUCUCUGGGUCCAGCGCUGCUGAGGGAACAAGCAAAGGAUGGGUGUAUCGUCCCCUCAAAGGAAGAUGA